UCCACCCCUCCAAUUUUUCGACACGUGCCGCACGUUAAACAGGUCGAACGACCACCAACGUACGCCGCAGCCGCGCUGUACUAUUCGGACCAUAACGACUUUCGGCACCCAGAUCGGAAUUCUGAACGGAUCUAUCUAUCAGAUACGUGUCCGGCCGUCGUCCGCCGCCCGAAACGGUGGCGCCGCAUGCUUCGCGAUUCGAACUCUACCCCUCUAUCCUCCACGUGCCAUUCGAUGAUCCACCCCUCCGCCGCAUUUAUUUUCCUAUCAUCUGCUGUAUUUCUAUUUCCCCUUCCUCUGCUAUUGCGGGAGUUCCUCCGCGCACCUCAUUUCUGUUUUAAAAAAAACGCAUCUUUUACGCUUCUGUUCAUCGCCGCCGUGACUUUUUGACGCUUGAAUUACUGCGGCAUCUGGUUAUUCAACAGUAGAUUCCCUCAUCGGCCAUCAAAAUCCGUUUUUUUAUCGUCUGUUGCCGUAAAAAUCCAUUUGUUUUUAACUUGAUUCGAUGGAGCAACCGGCGAGGGAUCUUCUCCGGCGGUUUUCCGGCGGGUACUCGACGGAAGAAGUGACCUGUGGGGAUUCCGAUGAGAUAGAGCUCGGGCUUUCGCUCGGCGGCUGCUUUAGCUCACAGGAUGCGGAGAGUGGCCGGCUCAUAAGGUCGACGUCUUCUAUUCCUGCACUGCUUCAAGGUGAUUUUCCGACCGUUGUGCCGCUUGUGAGGUCUUGCUCGUUGCCGAGCGAGGCGGAGGAGGAGAUUUGGAGGAGGAAGGAGAUGCAGAGUAUUAAGAGGAUGGAGGCGAAGAGGAAGAGGGAAGAGAAAAGGAACAUGAAGAGAUUUGAUGAACAUUUUGAAGGGGUUUCUGUGGGGAAGAUGAGGAGGCUUGAAGUUGAAUCUUCGUCAAGAAGAUUAGGGUCGGCGUCGCAGGGUUCGGCGGCGUCGCCUGGGAAUAGUUCUUCAGGUGGAUCGGAAUUUGAGAGCAGGACAGUGCAAGGAAUCAUCCCUGCUUCUGAUCCCAGCCCCCCUUCAAAACACAGCAGCAACAAAGCCUCACCAGUUCCUGCGGCCUCAUCGUCCGUCGUUCUUCGCAACGGAGCUUUGCUCGACGGCGGCGGGACGAGUGAUCGGACGAAGAAGAUGAUGGAGGGGAUGCCAUCGGUUUCGACAAGAGGAGACGGCCCGAACGGCAGAAGGAUCGAAGGCUUCCUCUAUAGAUAUGGUAAAGGGGAGGUGAGCAUAGUUUGUGUCUGCCAUGGGAGCUUUCUGACACCGGCUGAAUUUGUUAAGCAUGGAGGCGGUGGUGAUGUUGCUCAUCCUCUUCGGCAUAUUGUGAUGAAUUCCAGCUCUGGUUCCUUGUGAUUGGAUCAAUCCCAUAAGCUUUUUUGUUUCUGCAAUUUUAAUGUUUUUGAUCAGAGGAAAGAUGAAAGAUUUAUGUUUUGAUUCUUUUUGAGUUGAAUUAUGCAGAAAUUAGGGCUCUUUGGCUGAAAGAAAGUCUCAAGUUGUUCUCUGGUCUCUAUUCAUUCUUUAUUCUUGCUGAUUUAUUCUUCAUAAAUUAAUUUCAAUUGCUGUUAUUUGAUCUGUUUGUCCCUCUCUUUGCAGUCCUUGCAGUCGGUUACAGUGUUUAUUAGAAGAUUUACAGAUAUACCUCUCA